CGGUGUGUGCGUGUAUGUGUGUGAGUGAGUGAGUGAGUUUUUUCUUCUUCGCCUUUCCCUUCCUUUUUUUAAGCCAAAGCUGGAUGUGUAGAUCGUCACAUGUUGUUUCCUCUCUUCAGUCUGAACAUCAGCCGGCAUGUGUUAUUUAUUGCUUGGCUACGGGAGAAGACGACCGCACGUACGGCUCUGGAAAUAGAGGAUUAAAAAUACAGCGCGGAGUUUUUUUUUUUCUUCAAGCGACUCCUGGAAAUUCAAGCGCUGCGGUCUGGUCUGGACUAGAGGAACACGAGAAUGGCGAGUCCGCCAACCACGGGCGGUCAGGCGCUGAUGACCAGCACUAGUAAUACAAACGUCAAUAACAGCGCGAAAAAAUGUGGAUAUCUGAAGAAGCAGAAACACGGACACAAGCGCUUUUUCGUUUUAAAGGAGCCGUGUGAAGGAUUCCCUGCCCGGCUGGAGUACUACGAGAACGAGAAGAAAUGGAGAAACAAGUCCGCCGCUAAGAGAGUUGUUCCCCUGGACUGCUGCCUCAACGUCAGCAAGAGAGCGGAUGCGAAACACAAGUAUCUCAUUGCUCUUUACACCAAGGACGAGUAUUUUGCCGUGGCGGCGGAAAACGAGCAAGAACAGGAGAACUGGUACCGGGCGCUGACGGAUCUAAUGGCCGAGGGGAAAGUGUGUGACGGCUCGGCGUCCAACUCUGCGUCCUCACUGGUUGGCUUCGACGAGACAAGUUACGGUGUAAUAACGCCGGUGGCCGCCGCCUACAAGGAGGUUUGGCAGGUUAACCUCAAAUCCAGGGGACUAGGACAGAGUAGGAAUCUGACCGGUGUGUACAGGCUCUGUCUCUCCAGCCGAAUGAUCAGCUUCGUUAAGCUCAACUCGGAGGUCGCCUCUGUCGUACUACAGCUGAUGAACAUCCGAAGGUGCGGCCAUUCCGACAGCUUUUUCUUCAUCGAGGUGGGUCGAUCUGCAGCCAUCGGUCCAGGGGAGCUGUGGAUGCAAGCUGAUGACUCAGUAGUGGCUCAGAAUAUCCACGAAACUAUCCUAGAGGCCAUGAAAGCCAUGAAGGAGCUGUCGGAGUUCCGCCCUCGCAGCAAAAGUCAGUCAUCUAGCACCAACCCCAUAUCUGUGCCAACAAGGAGGCAUCUGAAUAAUCUCCCACCGAGCCAGACCGGCCUCCCCCGGAGGUCCCGUACUGAGAGCACCUCUGCCACAUCUCCUGUGAGUAGUAAAUGCCUAUCUUGUCGUAUUCGCACGGCCAGCGAGGGCGAUGGCACCAUGACACGCCCAAUGUCUGUCACUGGGAGCCCCCUCAGCCCAGGGGUCCACAGGACCCUCCUGAGCCGCUCUCACACCAUAACAGCACGGCCCUCCUUGACUUUUGAAUCUUCUACUCUCCAGCAUAGUAAGUCCAUGUCUAUGCCCCUGUCUCAUUCUCCGCCUGUGGCCACCCCAUGCUCAGGACAUGUGUCCAACUGUGUGGACAGCAGUGUCCCCCGCCCCUCCAGCUGCAGUGCAUCAUUCUCAGGCUCUCCCAGUGAUGCAGGCUUUAUAUCAUGUGAAGAAUAUGGCUCCAGCCCUGCUGAUGCACGGGACCUCAGGUUACCCCUAACCCUUCGCAGCAACACUCCUGAAUCUCUGAAAGCAGACACCCCUCCCUCCAGGGAUGGGAGUGAACUUGAUGGCUACAUGGUGAUGGAGAGGCAAAAUCAGAAUGGUUACCGGCGUCUGUCAGAGCUGGAUAAAGUGUAUCGAAAGCGAACAUACUCCCUCACUACCCCCCGCCAGCAGAGGCGACCCCCCCAGGUGUCCUCAGCUUCUCUGGAUGAAUACACUCUCAUGAGGGCCACAUACACCAGCGGAAGCCGGUCUUCUUUGAGGUGUCACACGGCUUCACCUAAAGGAAGCGGGCUAGAAGAUUACAGGGAUGUUCACAUCAGCUCUAACAGUCUCCAAGGUGACAGCGGCUACAUGCCAAUGAUGCCUGGAGUUGCACCUCAGACUCCAGGGUCCAAGGACGACCCAUACAUGCCCAUGAGCCCCAUGUGUGUUUCUGCUCCAAAGCAGAUCAUCAAUCCACGUUCACACUCCUGCACCGCAGGGCUAGCCCCACGCACAGACUCCCCUGGGAGUAUUUCUCUGGAGGACAAUGGCUACAUGCCUAUGUGGUGUGGACACAAGAUGUCAGUGGAAAGCAGUGAUGGAAAGCCAAGCAAUGGAGAGUACCUGUACAUGUCUCCUGUUGAUGCUCUGGUUUCUCUCACACCCCCAGAGUACCUUCUCAGCCUUUCAGGAGACCCACACCCCCACCACAGACAGCCUUAUUGUUACAGCUCCUUACCAAGAUCAGUCAAAGGGCAGUUGCAGCGAACUGGGUCUGCUGACACCGACCAGUAUGUUGUAAUGAGUUUACAGAGACAAUGCAUAGAAGAAGAGUCAAACGGUGGUCCCGUCUCACCUGGAGAAUCUGGAACCAGUAGCUCCCCAGGUACGCCAACCACUCCAUCUUCUCUCCCUUCUCCUCUAAAACUGACUCGGUCAGAUGGAGGCCUGUUGCACCGCAGCAGGGUGUGUCGGCCCACCCGCCUGGCUCUGGAAUCCCUUCGAACACUACCAUGUAUGAGUGAGCAUCCCCUUCCCUCAGAACCUCGCAGCCCUGGAGAGUACAUCAAUAUUGAUUUUGGUACUGCUGCCGAUGUCCCACUGUUGGAGAGCUCAGAGGCUGGAAGCGUAAUGUGUACAGAGGAGGGAUCACUGUCUCUGUCAGACUAUGCUAACAUUGACAUCAAGUCAUCGGUUCAUCUUGAAUCACACCAAGUAGAAGGUUCCCACCCAGCAGGGUGUCUUAACCAUACAUCUGAAGUCUUGAUGUGCUCCAGCAUGGUGAGCAACCAGCAGGACACACAGAGAGUGGAAGGGAAGGAGGAUGAAAAGAGAACGGAGGGAGAGACAAAGACAAUGGGACAGAAAGGGAGUCCUGCAUGUGAGCCUGCUAUUACCAAAAGUGACUACACUGAGAUGACCUUUGGUCCAACUGCUCCUUUAUCUGUUCUCUGUGCCACUGAUGCCACCCCACUCCCCACCAGCCCCACUGCAUGUGUGAAGAGACUCAGUCUUGAAAGCAGCUUAGUGGAUGUGGUGCCCCCUGUGCCAGUGGAUUCUUUCCUACUUGGGGCACCAUCGUUAUCUCUCAGUGUUGUAGAUCCAGACCGGGGGGCCAAGGUUAUCCGGGCUGACCCUCAGGGGCGUCGCCGCCAUAGCUCCGAGACCUUCUCCUCCACCACCACUGUGACGCCCGUGUGCCCGUCUUUUGCCCAUGACACCAAGCGGCACAGCUCUGCUUCUGUGGAGAACGUGUCCCGCUCUGUCCACAGCUCUGAGGAGCCCGGCGAGGACCACACCAGCCCCAUGUGCAGGGAAACGUCAGCGGGGUAUCAAAACGGACUGAACUACAUUGCCUUAAACUUGAUGGAAGGGAACCUCGGAGGGGGCAGGUUAGGCGGAUGCGACGAAUUCCUGAGGUUCAAGGCGACUUGCGGCUGCAAAGGGGGUCUAAAUGGGUUCAGCUCCAGCCCCUACGCUAGCCUGGGAUUCAAGGAGACUACUACUGCUGCUGUGAAAGAAUGAAGACUGAUGUGUCUUCCCACCUCUCCUGCUCUUCUUUCUCCCCUUCCUGUGAAAGUGAAACUUCGCUGUAUCCAGAUGAUAAGGUCACCACUGCAACAGCUGGACAGCUGACGUCCCUUAACCUCUUCGCUGCCCUCUGUGGGGAGUUUGGAGAGGGCCAUCACCAUGGAAACACAGACAUUUGACCCUUGACCUAAAUCCCUCCUCUCCUUUUUUCUCAGCACCCAAACAUCCAGGUGCCAUUGCUGCUGUAGUGCUAGACCAAGAACUCCGACAGAAUAUGAAACUCUUAACACUAGAUAGGUAACUUUAUCUCAUUUCCUAGGCCUUCGAUCUCUUCUGCAGUACAUUAUUAGAGCGUUUACUGUUGUAGUUUAUUCCAUUUACAGACUUAGAAUCGGAUCUUAUUUUGGCUUCAGCCAAGUAGUUGUCAGAUUUUUCUCACCUGAAAACCUGUGAACCAAACCUGAAGAGCAUGCGUACGCAAUUACAUGCAAAGAAAAAAAAAAUGUUAUCAGUAUUCGUGAAUACUGAUAACAUGUAUUUAUUUAUUUAUCUAAGAUGUAUGUAUGUAUUAAAUGAAAAGGGUGUGAGAAUCUGCAUACAGGGUUGAGCUGCAAAAAGAAGACGGAAUUUGUGAGCAUAUUUACAAGUCAAAGGUAAUGUCUACUUACACAAGAAAAAAAAAAAAACCCUACCUCAGCACUGAGUCAAACAGUAGAAAUAUAUAUGAAAUAUUUAUUUUCAGAGGUGAAUGUUAAAAUAAAAUGCAAAAAAGUACAAAAAACAAAAAAAAAACAACCAUCAAUCCAAAGCCUUACUCUAGCCAUCAGCCUCAUUCUGAUGGACCCUUUUAGUUUGGACCUUUAAAUACACAGUAUCAAAGAUUUACCUGAUCAUUUUAACUGACUGAAUGUUUAUCAGAGCCAGCCUCUCUGAGAUUAAGUUCCUUAUCUUGCCACAUCUAUAACAAAAGUGAUGUAUUCAAAGUCCAGAGUAAUAUAUUUAUUAUGAUCCAUGACAUGGUGUUUUCACACAGAGAGAAUGAAUGCCAGGAGGACCUUAGUAGCACCACAGGCACGCGCAGCCUAGCAUCAGAUCUGUGUCUGCCUGUCUGAGCACAAGUCUCAUUUCACCUGUGACAUCCUGCACAAGUCCUGCAGGAAACAAUGACCCACCUGGACUGGGCAUGGACCGGUGAGAGAUUCUAAUGUGGUGACAACUUUGGAGAAAAAUACCAGUUUCACUGUACCAAGACAUUUAUAAAGAAACCCUAAAGGAAAAUAUAAAAUAUUCUUAUUUAAAUCAAGCAUGUAGAGACAAUUAUAAUAAUUAUUAUCAUUUUUUUCAUUUAAAGUUAUUUUGAUAAAGAGCUAGGCAAAACAUUUAUUAUAAGAACAUAAAAUGUUGGGACCAUUUUCAAGGGCGAGCUAUGUUGACUAAGAUAUUAAUGAGCAGGUUAAUUAUAGCUCAGUUUGCCAGUAAAAUAUUUUUACUUUAACAAGAGCAAUGAACACUCCUGUUUCCACAGCAUGGCUGUCCUUGUUUUUGCCAACCAGAAAUAUCCACACCAAACAGCUGAAUCGGUCUUUCUCGUAAGCGAGGGGAAACCGUGGCAGCUGUUCUUCAGCCAGCUAACCAGCAGUGGCAAUCGCUGAAAACGAAAAUGUCGACAGCUAUAAAAGUUCAACUCUUUGAAAGCCUUGAUAAUGGAAACCGGUCCAUGCCCAGUCAGGACAAGCGUCAGGAGAAUGAAUGUCUGCGAGCGACUUAUACAGUAUAGUAUUUUUCCCUCACCUGAUGCCUCAUUGCAGCGCUCCGUCACCAAAGCAAUGUGGCAUACGAACCUCGCAGGGCCACGGGGCCCCGCCCUUUGAUUAGGCUUCCCUGCGCGGUCCUGCAUUUACAAACUUUCCAGAUUGUAACACAAGACACGCUGAAUGUAGUACGUGCUGUGUUCUGAGCCUGGGAACGCAGGCUUCAACAAGGCAACAUCCAGAUGUACUCAACGGAAACCACCACACUUACACUCGCCGAACGAAAACCAAGGGAAACAUUUUAUUUAUCUCAACUCACAGGUAUCUUCGCCUAUAUACUGUAGAUAGUGAGGCGUCACACAGAGUUACAUCUGAGCAAAUGCUGAGAACAUUUCAGAGGUGUUAAGUUAAAUAAUAUGUUUGUACUGUACAUAGUAUGUGUUUGAGUGAAUUUUUUUUUUUUCCUGACACAACAAAAGCACUAAUUAAGUUAUACGAUGACCAACAAGGUUUGGCUUUUGAUUUAUCUUAUUUUUUUUUUUUACUGUUAUGGAAUAGUCUUGCAAAAUGGAUGCCACUAUGAGGACAUUUUCUAAUGCUGUUAGUUCUGGAAUAUAAAAUAAAAAAUAGAAAGAAAAAAAAAAGAUUAAUACUUGACACAAUUACUUCUUGGUACUUAGGUACGACACACAUGGCAUCUAUGCAAUAUUUACACCUUUCGAAAAAUUAGUUUACAGAGAUGAACCAAAUGUAGAAAUAAUGUUGAUAAUGUUUUUAAAAAAUUAAAUCAAAAAUGUUUGCCAUUUGUACAAUUUUUGUCCUCCAAUUUUGAAAUGGAAAACCUUUUGGCUUUUUCUUUUCCAUUUUCCUUUUGCUAAUGAAAUAUUUUUGCCGUUUUCAGCAGUGUUUUGCAUUUUGGAAAAUGUUUUUAUUCAGAAAAAGGUUACGACAUGGGCUUUGGCUUGCCUUGCUGUGUCUUCAUUGUAAAUAUUUCAUAUCAUGCACAUUGUGAUGCUACUAAGAAAUGAUAAUUUAAACUUAGCUUAUUGCUUUAGAUUGUAUUGAUUCUUUAUAGAUACAUGCAAUAAAUGAUAUUUAAGAAAA